AUGCUGACAGCUCUGAGCAUCGCUGUGCUCUAUGCCAUGCUGUCCCCAGCCCUGAGCCAGCUGCCAACAGAUGCUGUUCUCCGCCUCAACAAAGGUGUUCUGAGUGAUGCUCUUGCAGGUUCCCUGCAACACAGCGCAGUCCUGCAAGGAGCCCUCGGAGAUCUGCCCAUCAGCGGGAUGGAUGGAAGCAGAGCACUGCAGGACGGCCAUGGAGGGGGCCUGCUGGGUGGUGGGGGGCUGCUUGGCGGCCUGCUGGGUGGCGGGGGACUGCUGGGGGGGCUGACGGGCAGUGGGGGGCUGCUUGGGGGACUGACGGGUGGCUUGCUGGGAGGAGGUGAUGGUGCUGGUGCUGAUCUCCUUGGUGGAGGGCGUGAUGCAGGUGUUGGCAAUGGGGAUGCUUCCUGGGCGGCCCCCCACAGCCGUCCCCCUCCCAAAAGCUGGUCCCCUCCCAGAAGGGGAUCCCUUCCUGUGGAUGUGCCGGGUGCAGCAGAGGGGCAGGGGGCUCUGCUGGGUGAUGGAGGCCCCUCCAACACAGCUGGGCUUCUCGGAGGAGGCUUGCUGGGUGUCCUUGGGGACGGAGGCGUGCUCAGCACAGUGCAGGGGCUCACAGGGCUGAGGAUCGUGGAGCUGACUCUGCCCAGGGUGUCCCUGCGGCUCCUGCCCGGCAUCGGCCUCCACCUCAACCUCUACACACGGGUGGCCCUCAAUGGCAGAAGCCUCCUGGGUCUGCUGGACAUCGCCGUGGAAGUGAACAUCACCUCGCAGGUCCGGCUGACCAUGGACGGCACCGGUUACCCCAAACUGGUGGUGGAAAAAUGCAACAUGCUCCUAGGAGGCAUUAAAGUCAGACUGCUGAGAGGCCUGCUCCCAAUUGUGGAUAAUUUAUUGGCUGAUGUCCUAAACAGGCUUCUUCCUAAUCUGCUUUGCCCAGUACUUGAUGUUGCCCUGGGACUUGUUAAUGAUCAGCUGGGGCUGGUCAACUCACUGGUGCCACUGGGGCUGCUAGGCAGUGUCCAGUACACAGUGUCCAGCCUGCCACUGGUGACCGGCCAGUUCCUCGAGGUAGACCUGAAUACUGUGGUCGGACGAGUAGCAGGAGGUCUGGUCGACUACCCACUGGGAAGACCAGAAAGUGUCCCCACACCUCCACGGGUCCCCAUGCCGCCUCUGCCACCGAUGCCGGACACCAGCUCCUCCCAGUUGGGCCUAUCUGUGAACUUCCUCAGCUCGGUGCUGGCUGCCCUGCAGAAGGAAGGAGCCCUGGACCUGGACAUCUCCAACGCCAUGUUUCCUGACCUUCCACCACUGACAACGUCGACUCUUGGAGCCCUGGUGCCUGCAGUUCUUCAGUCAUACCCUGAGCCGUGUGAGUUGCUGCUGAAAAUCACAGUUCCCAAAGCACCCGUGGUGACCUUAAAGAAAGAUAAAGCUGCCAUCCAGCUCAAUGCUAUAGCAGAGGUGGUGGCCAUCCACUCAGCUGACGUGCAGAAGUUUCUCUGCCUUCUGAAUAUUGAUGCGUCCUUGCUGGCUCAAUUUGCUGUUGAGGCCAACAAACUGAAGAUCAGCGCCGGCCUUGAGAAAGCUGAGCUCUCCUUGGUGUCUUCAUCCAUUGGUGACUUUGAUAUCUCGCUGCUGGAGUCGCUGAUCAACAAGGUCUUCGAUGCUGCCUUCCUGCCUGCCCUGAAUGCUGUCCUGGGCCGUGGGGUGCCGCUCCCACGCCUGCUGAACAUCGACUUCACCAACGCUGACAUCCACGUCAUCGAGGACCUCCUUGUGCUGUCGGCGUGA